AUGACAACAAGGAAAACAGCGGAUCAGAAACAAGAGCUGAAGUCUCUCUCAAAAAAAGAUCGGGAAAAAAAAGAAAAACAGGAAAAGAGACUUUCAAAUUUUUUUAACGCUCCAGUAGAUAAAAGCACUUUGGAAUCCUCUUCGAUUUCUACGCCAAACAACAUGCCUUUAAGUAAGCACACAGGAAAAUUAAAGGAGACAGAACCACAAGAAUCUCCAGAGGAAUCAACGAUCACUCAAGCAUAUUUAAAACAAUGUCUAGAUCAACAAUUGGAUCAAAUAAAAUUAGAAAUGCAGGGGAACUUUGCAAAUUUAAAGCAGGAAAUAAUAUCUAUUGGACAAAAAGCUAAAAUAAAUGAACAGAAAAUAGAAAACCUGGAAUUCCUCAUACAGAAGCAAAAUGAAUGUAUAGAGAAACAACAAAUGAAGAUUAAUGAACUGGAGGAGAGAUCAACUAAUAUAGAAGACAGAGGAAGAAAAAAUUAUUUAAGAAUAAGAAACAUACCAGAAUCUAUUUCACAAGGCAAUCUGGCAAAUUUUCUUGCGGAAUUUUUUGAAGCUCUUAAAAUCAAUAUUGAUGAUAAAAGGGACUUUCUUGAAAGAUCUCAUCGGUUAAAUAAACCAAGAACACUUCCAGAAGAUCUCCCAAGAGAUAUAAUUAUCGCCUGCCACUCUUACUCUUUUAGAGAAAAAAUUUUAAAAGCAGCAAGACAAACGGAAAGAGAACAAGGCAAAUUUAAAGACAUAAAAGUUUUUCCAGAUUUGUCUUUCCAGACAAGGCAAGCGAGAAAACAAUUUAUUCCAGCUACCCUGCGUUUGAGGGAAAAAGAUCUAAAAUAUCGUUGGGGAUUCCCAACUAAACUUAUAGUCACUAAGGGUGGGACUAUACAUACAUUUGACUCACUGGAUAAGAUUAUAAACUGGUUGGAAAACUUGGUUUAAUUAUGGUAAUAACUUGAAUAAGUAUGAUUCAGCUUUCUGACCAAUCUAGAUUCAAUCCCUACUAAACUUCACUGGGAAAGGUUUAAUAGUUUUGUUAAUGGAAUAUGUACCACUUCUGUGAUUUAUGAUCAAAUCACUGAGGAAAUAGCACGUUGGAUGGUGAAAAAAGUUCACUAUGAGGGAAAAUAUUUA